AUGAAACACACCCACCAAGAAAAUCAGGAGUCCCCAUCCCAGGCACCAGCCAAAGUAGCCAAAGCUUUUGUCUCCAAGCGAGAUGCACGAAUAACGGACACAGAUCGCCCCGUGAGGGACGUGCGCUGCCGGUGCCAAGCGCACGCCCAGGAUCCGCGUCUCAUAGUCUCGUGUUUGUGUCUUUUAGGCCUUGCCGCCGAGAUCCUCAGCGGCCAACCACGCCACCAGGAUUACGCUGCACGGGCGCCCGAGGGAUCUAUCGGAGCAGGAAAAUUCUCCGAUCCUGGACGGGAAUCAGGGAAAAAGGCAACGUGGCCAGGCGGGAUCAGUCCGGGCGCAUGGCUCCUCGGCAGGAUCAACCGAUCGUGA